UGCAUGGUGACUGUCGUGAGAAAUGUCGUUUCUAGUCACUCUUCUGCUUUUCUCGAUUGACGUUUCAGAGCUCGUGGCAGCGGAGAUGUUGGCAGGGGUGUUAGUUUUGGGCACUGUCCUUACAACUUUACCAGGUAUCCAGAGUAGGUGGAGUGUGACAUUUUCACGGCAGGAAAUCUGUGUUUGGGCGGGAACAACCGUCACGCUGCCCUGUCGUUAUGACUACCCAUCAGGUCACACUGUUAAGCGGGUCAUGUGGUUCCGUGUGUCUCCAGAGAGCCGUAGGGAGUUUACCUACCACACUGACCCAAACCAGAUCAGUCUGUCGUACCGCGGGCGCACACGCUACAUUGGCGGCAGCUAUUCCAGCUGUUCAGUGCAGAUCCGGGGGGUUAAGAUGAGCGAUGAAGGUCAGUACCACUUCAGAUUUGAAACGGACCAACCGAUGGGGAGGUGGACGUCUCCUGACACCGUCACUCUGGAUGUAACGGACCUCCAGGUUCAAGUGCAUCCAGCCAGGCCAGCGAACAUGUUUGGCUCUGGAGAGGCGGUGUUUGUAGGUUGCCAGGCUCGAGGCUGUGCCGCCGCAGGAAGGAGCCUGUCAUUGUACAGGAACGGGCAAAACCUUGGUUCCUAUGAGAAGUGGAUGAUUAUUAAUCGCUUUGAUCAACAACAUGCUGGAGUCUACAACUGUCGACCAAUCCCUCCACAAAACGUGCUGUCUCCGCCCCUUUCUCUGGUACUGGGAUAUGGUCCUCGCUCCACCUCCAUAGCAGCAUCUUCAACAGGGGAGGUGUCAGAGGGGGGCUCGGUCACUCUGACCUGCAGUACUGAUGCAGCUCCACCUGCAGAGAGCUUUGCAUGGUUUAAAGAUAUGGAGAGUGGCAGUAUCCCGGACAGCUUUAGACCUCAGCUCCACCUGUCCCACAUCAAAUACACAGACAGAGCACAGUACUAUUGUGUAGCGCGGAAUUCACUGGGGACGGACCACUCGGAACCACUUCUACUCAAUGUGACUUACUCUCCAAAAAAUACACGUGUGUUGGCAAGUGUUCCAGGUGACAUCAGAGAAGGUUCAUAUGUAAACCUCAGCUGCUCCAGCCACGCCUACCCACCUGUUGACAGGUAUGCUUGGUAUCGCAUCUUAGGUGACCAGGUACUGGUUAGCGGAACCUUCCAGAAUUUAACAUUCCCAUCAGUGCGAGCGCACCAUGCUGGUCAGUACUACUGCACGGCUUGGAACCGAUUAGGAUACCAGACGUCUCCCGUUUCUGCACUCACAGUGCUCUACCCUCCAAAGAACACCUCAGUUCUAGCUCAACCUUCCAGUGUUGUGGACGCUGGCCGCCCCUUGACUUUGACCUGCAGCAGUCAGGCCAACCCAGCAGUAGAAAACUUCACAUGGCACCGCUUGGCAGUGGAUGGAGGCUCUGUACAAUCAUGGGGUACAAAAUCUGGCCCAGUUUUCACCUUCUCAGAGGUUGGACCUGGAGAAAGUGGUCAGUACUACUGUCAGGCUCGGAAUCGAAUUGGAACCCACAACUCUCCUGUUCUCACCAUACGGGUCAGAGGUCGGCUGAAGGUCAUUGCUUUGGCCUCAGCAGUGGGCGUGUCUGCUGGACUCAUCACUCUUACUGUGGCCAUUAUGAUCAGUAAGAACAUGCACAGAGUGGACAUGGAGUCAGUUGAAGAUACAAAUAAGCAUCUGUCAGUGACAGCUGACACCGUGUUCUAUGAGUCAGCCCAACAGACCGUCCCAGUGAGAACGGGCAAGAUGCCCGAUAUACCUGAGGAGCCAGAGGACAUAAGUGACAGCCCUCAUCCUGCUAUUAUUCCUCUGAAGGAUGCUCCACCAAUCACAGAAGCUGAACACAACCCGUCCCCCAAUUAUAUCACUGUCCACUAUUCCAGAGUCUCCAGUGCAGAAAAGGUGCAGGUCACAAAUCUGCCACUGUAUGGUGAGAAGAAACCAAGGGACUCGCCCAAAGUUGUUUACACAUUAUUGCCCCAGCCUCGCCACUGACAACAAGCACAGAGAAAAUGCAACUCAGCUGAGCAACUCAUCAGGCUUCCUCACAUAAAUCGCUUUAACUCCCAUCCAACCAGAGAGAAUUGUGGGACAGGAAACUAUCUUUGUGAUGAUGAUCCUGCUGUGGGUUGGACAUGUUGUUGGCCAGACUGUGAUGGGAACGUCAUGUACUGCUCCUGCUGCUGCUGUUGGAAUCCAGCUUCCGAAUCCCUUUUUUUUCCCUCCACUGUAUUGUCAAAUAAGGCAGAAGAAAUCUCAGUUGUCCAAAAAAAAUUGUAAAAUAGCAUUCAUGCCGCUGGCUUUUUUCUUGCAUCUCUGCCCAUGGUAAAAUUUUGAGAGAACAAGCUGUAUACAUGUGUGGCCUCAACAGCUACCAGCAUUUUAUUUUCCUGACAUAAAAUCAGAAAUACAUCUUUUGAAAGCGUGGAUGUCUUGCAUAGCUUUGAAACUUCUGACUGAAACAUAUUCAAAUACAUAUACUUCUUUCUUACAAACGUGACUCGAGAAGAUGCAUUAGUUUAGAAAACUAUG